AUGGGAAUUAAUAAGCUCAAUAAGCCUGUUAAAGUCAAGCCUUCCACUCCUAAGUUAGCCUUGAAGUUGAUGUAUCAGAGGCGUCUUUUUAAAUUAAUUGAUGAAAUGCAAAAUUCCGUCAUGUAUUGGCUCAUGGCGACAUAUAAGCAACGUCUCCCUGAUAUUGUAGAAGAUAUUAAAACUCCUUUAUUCAAGCGGAUUUACAGGUAUGUGACAGAUGCUAGUCCAUCUAGAGAAAUUGAGAAACGUUUUAAGCAGGUUAUGAGAAGGUGGACGAAAAAGUUUAAUGAGAUGUCUGAUAAGCUUGCCAAUGAUUUUGUUCAAAGGGCUAAUACAUCUACAACGGCAUCCUUUAUGCAAAAUCUCAAGAAAAAAGGGUUUGUUGUUCAAUUAGACAAUAGCUAUGCAACAAACAAUGUACUACAGGCUCUUAUUUUAGAGAAUACCCGUCUAAUUAAGUCUAUCCCCCAAAAAUAUUUUCUAGAAGUCCAAGGAAUUCUCAUGCGCGGGAUUGCCAAUGGAAGAGAUGCAGGGCUUAUCACUAAAGAAUUAAGUGAAAGGUAUGGCAUCGUUAAGAGAAGAGCGGCCAUGAUCAGCCGUGAUCAGACUAAUAAAGCUGUCGAGACAAUUUCUAGAGAAAGAAGCAAGUCCUUAGGUAUCACAAAAGGGGUGUGGAUACAUAGAGGUGGAUCAAAACAUCCCCGAGAAUCGCAUAUAAGCAUGGAUGGGACCAUCUAUACUUUAGCAGAAGGUUGCUAUGACUAUGCUGUUCAAAGGAAUGUACAAGCGGGAGAGUUAAUUAACUGUAAUUGUACCUAUAGCCCCUAUAUUGAAUAA